GCACGUACCAAGCAUACCUGACAGGAAUGCCCUGUGGUUAGUUUUGCAAACACAGUUUAUUUUGUUACAGAUUCUAAAUCAGACACACAUGCAACUGACACUAGACUGCCUUCCAAGUCAACUGUGACACACAACAGUGUUGAUUUCAACAGUCGUUCGGAUUACAGGUAAGGUUUGCUGUACUGUGGUAUUUCAAGACUGUGAAGUGUGAGCACAGGUAUCCACAACAAGCCUUCCCUGAAGUACAUAGUAGACAGAACAUUGGUAGCUCCUGCAAAGUGAACAACCAAGCAGAGAAGCAAUGGUAAAUCUCUGGUUUUGAAAACAGACGUCGCAUGUCACUCCUGAAGCAGUAAACUAAAGCCGGCACUGGAUCUGUAAACUUCAAGGUAUUUAAAGAAGAACAAUGGGUGACCAGGAUCCAAUGGCUGAGUGGCACUUAACGAAUCUCUCGCUGGGUCUCAAGAUCGCGUAUGGCGUCAUCGCCAGCCUGGGCAUUAUCGGUAAUGGCUUGGUGAUCUACGUCCUGACGCACAUGGUAAAAUUGCGCAAGGGUAACGUAAACAUCUUAAUCGUCAACCAAUCCAUCAUUGACUUGGUAACCUCCAUCCUCCUGAUCUUGUGUUUCCUGACUCCAGAGCCGGACCUCCCCGCCUCCUCCCCGGUAGCAGCACGAUUCCUCUGUUCGGUCUGGAACUCCAAGUAUCUCUUCUGGGCCACCAUCAUCACGUCAUCCCUCAACCUGGUCUGCUUAACCUGUGAACGCUACUUCGCCAUCGUCUACCCCUUCAAGUACAGGAGCUGUUCGAUACUCGAGUGGCCAAAGUCUCUCCUGCUGGCCUGCCUCCCAUGGGUCGUGGGCUACACCUACCAGUCGUACUACGCUGCAAUGCACAUCGUCCAGGACGGUCGUUGUGUGGUGAACGAGUUCUCAAGCCGGGGCGCUCAAAUCGUCUACGCGAUAUUCAUCCUCACUGUCACCUAUCUCUUCCCGCUGACUUUCAUGAUUAUCGCAUACGCCCGGAUUUACAAGACGCUGCGGGAUGAACUCAUCUGCCAUAUUCCAUCCGGGAACUCAAGAAACAAAACAAACCAUGAACAGCUGAUGGAGAAAAACAACGAGCGCACCCGGCGUAACAUCAUCAAGACACUGCUUCUAGUCAGCUUAGUGUUUGGCGUGUGUUGGGCGCUGAACGAGGUGUGUUACUUCUACUUCAACGUCAGCGGUACCACCCACAUUAAUGAGACACUCUAUAACGUCUCUGUCUGCCUGGCCUUCUUCAACAUGUGCGCCAAUCCGAUCAUCUAUACGUUUAAGUAUCGGAGGUUCCAGGAGGGGCUAAGGCAGGCGUUGCCGUGUCUCAGACGUACGGAAAUGACACCAACGACACCAACGACGUCACAUCAGUCUCCGGAGGUUUCUGUCUGAUCAGUCACUCCGUGUGUCCAGUAAUACCAAGAAAUAUCGUCCAAACUGAUACUUUGUAAAACCAAUCAUUGUACAAUAGACCGAUCCAGCAGGCUCCACCCACGGCACACGUGUGAGCAAGAACACCUGAGCCUCUCCAUGCCAUUCUCCACAACUCUACCGCGCGCGCCAAGCAUACACGAAUGCAUGUCUGACUUUAUUUUGUCAGACUUUUGGUGGCGCAAUGAGUUGUGAUUGGUCAAUACGCAAUGGGAGUGGAUUGGUCAAUUGUGUACACCUUGUAACAAGUGACCUUAGUACAUUCCUGGGCCUUUCUGGCAGGCAAUAUACUACACUGAUUGUUUGAGAAGUUUUACACUUUCUCUGUAGACCGUAUUGAAUAUGACGUCACUGUUCAAAUAUCUGCCCUGCAACAUGGCAUCUGUGCGUGUGUGCAAGGGGUGUGUGCAUGCAUGUGCCAUAGAAAUCAAACCAGGAAUGCUGCGUAAUGCGAGCUUCAUUGAUGUACGCAUUUGGACGCGCAUACGG